AUGUCAAUCAUUAUAUCAAGAGUAGUUGCAUUUGAUUUUUAUCGCUUGAAAAAUAAUUUUGCAGCUACUCCUGACAACCUUUCAACAAUUGAUGAUAAUACUCGAUACGCUGCUAGUUAUCUUGCUCCUUUUGCAUCUGAAGAUGCUGUAGAUCAUCCUUUUGAAUUAAUCAAUAGUCAUGAAGAUCUUACUACUAAUCUUUAUGGCUCCAUUAUUUCUUUAAACAAGCGUACUGAUGAUUGUCAAAAAUAUCACAAAGUGGCUAUUAAUGAUAAUUGUUACACUUUAAGUUUAAAGUAUCAAGUCGAUAUGAAUGAUAUUCUUGAAUGGAAUAGUCAAAUUAAUAGUAAAUGUACUAAUCUUUAUCCUGGAAAAUCGUACUGUGUUCAAAAGAAAGAAAAUACCAUAUUAAAUACCACGUUGAAAAAUGCAGAUAAUUGUAACUCAAUUACUAAAAAGUAUGGCAUUACCCUUGAUGAAUUUUACAAUAUGAAUCCUUCUAUAAAUAGAGGUUCUUGUAAUAAUUUAAGAACGGGUAAGGCCUACUGUAUUAAGCAAGAAGCCAGAGUAAAGUCCAUUGCUAAAAAACGUACUACUACUACUUUACGCCGUACAAGAAGAUCUACUAAAACUAAAAAAUCACAAUUGAAGGCAUCUUCCACUAAUAAACGAAAGACAACUAGGACUAAAACGACUCUAGUUACUAGAAGAAAGAAAACCAAGACUACUACUCUCUCUACUGAUAAGCGUAAAUUGCUCCAGAAACGAUCUGAGUUUACCUACUACUGGAUUGCGCAUCCUGAUGAUUACAGCCAUAGUGGUAAACAGGUUACCAUCAAGACCUGUCAGGGGAAAAGUUUAGGUACCGUCUCUGAAGAAUAUGCUGAUGCUCUAGUUAUGGAAGGUACUGGUAUCGUGAAUGGUAAGAUCAUUAACCUUGGGGGUUGCUCCUGUAGUAAUUAUAAAUGCUUUAUGGAAGUGGAUAAGAAAGAGGAUCCAUUUGGUUUAACAGCAUUUGGAAGCCCUCUUCGUCCAUUUAUUACUAUUGCUGCUAAUGAUAUUAAGCGAAAUACAAAGAUCUUUAUUCCUCAAAUAGUGGGUUGGGAAGUUCCUGGUUCUUCAAAGAAACAUAAUGGCUGUUUACUUGCUGAUGAUCGUAGCUGGAGCUUUGAUAAUAAUCAUAUUGAUUUUUAUGUUUAUCGUGAAAAGAAUUAUCGUGACUUGAACAAAAAGUAUAAAAUCAGUGAAGUCGAUGUUUAUGAAGGUGGCAAUUGUAACCUUCUUAAUUAUUUAUAA